AUCUUCUUACAUUUUCUUUUUCAGCUACUUCCAGAGAGAGAGACUCCAACCUCUGUUUAUGGUGAUCACUCCAGAAACACUCAAAGCUUCCAAAAAAGGCACUGAUGGUGGGGAAGCUUCAGACCCCCAUGAAGCAUCCCACACCAAGCCAAAUUCAAAUAACUAAUGGAUAGUUCGUUUUCCUACUUCUCUAGCUGACCUAUUCAUUUCAUCAUUUUUUUUAAGGAAAUUUUGUACUUUUCCUAUUUAUUUCUAGUUUGUUGUUAUCUUCUCCUUCUCUCUCUCUCUCUAUAUAUAUAUAUAUAUUUGUGUAUUAUAAUAGUAGGACAUGUAUAAGAGGAUUACAAUCUUAUCGUGUGAUGUGCCCGCCGCAUGUUGGUCUACUACUUGGGUUUUAUUGUCGUUCAUGCUCAUUAGUAACGCCUUCUCUUUAAACCUAAUAAGCGUUUUUGUCGUUGGGUGUCGUUGCUUUGAGCUUCGAUAAUGUCGCAGAAGAGAAACCCGGAUGAGGGUCGGCUUCCUCGACCAGAAGGAACUAACUCUGACGAUAAGCGUCGAAAGGUUCCCCGAUUCAGAAAUGUUGUUUUGGAGGUAAUGAAGUUGCGUACAUUUGAAUGCUCCCUGGAGCCUUUGAUUCGUCGAGUGGUUAAGGAGGAAGUUGAGUUAGCCUUAAAAAAGCAUUUAAACAAUAUGAAACAGAAUUGCGCGAAAGAGAUGCAUUCUACUGUUGCUAAGAGUUUAAAGCUUCGCUUCUUAAAUAAUAUCUCUCUUCCUGUAUUCACUGGAGCUCGUAUUGAAGGAGAAGAAUGUUCCCCAUUACAAGUAGCUUUAGUUGAUUGUUUUACUGGAAACAUUAUUAAAUCUGGGCCAGAAUCCUCAGCCAAGGUGGAAGUUGUUGUUCUUGAGGGUGACUUUGAUGGUGAUGAGGGAGACAAUUGGACAGUUGAAGAGUUCAAGAAUAACAUUGUACGAGAGAGGGAAGGGAAGAAACCCCUUCUUACAGGAGAAGCAGUUCUGAAUCUUAAAGAUGGUGAAGGUUCUGUGGGUGAUAUUUCUUUUACAGAUAAUUCAAGCUGGACAAGGAGUCGUAAAUUCAGGCUAGGGGUGAGAGUUGUGGAUAACUUUGAUGGAAUUAAAAUAAGAGAAGCAAAGACAGAAUCCUUUAUUGUCAGGGAUCAUCGUGGAGAAUUGUACAAGAAGCACCAUCCUCCUUCUCUAUAUGAUGAAGUAUGGAGAUUAGAAAAGAUUGGAAAAGAUGGAGCAUUCCAUAAGCGUUUGACUCGGGAAAAAAUUCUUACUGUUAAGGAUUUCCUUACCUUACUCUUUGUGGAUCCUUCAAGACUCCGAAAUAUCCUUGGCACAGGUAUGUCUGCUAAGAUGUGGGAAGUAACUGUGGAGCAUGCUCGGACGUGUGUACUUGAGAAGAGUAUGUUCUUGUACAUUCCUUCCAAUUCACAGCAUAAAACUGGGGUUGUCUUCAAUAUUGUGGGUCAAUUAAUGGGACAGCUUUCAGAUGGCCAAUAUGUUCCCAUUGACAAGCUAUCUGAAACCGAGAAGGCUGAUGCACAUAGUAUGUUAAUAUCUGCAUUUGAACACUGGGAGGAGGUUGUAUCUUUCGGCGAUGAGGCCUCUCUUACCUGUGGCUCAGCCCUAUUGACGAAUGUACUUUACUCCUCGAGCUCACCCAGGACAGAGGUUUCUACUGAGAGCAAGUUUUUGGCUUCACAUAAGAUUGGUGCAUUUAAUUAUGCACCACCGUCUUCUGCAUCUUCUCCUGAUAUCAUGUCAUCCAUAUAUACUGUUGGCGGAACUAGUAGCUUGGACGAUUACGCCUUGCACACAAUUGACAGCAUGGAUCUUAGAUUUGAUCAGGCUUUAAAUUUCCCAAGCCAAGUCACUACCUCCCUGAUCUGUGACUCGGAACGCAUCACUCAAGCUUUCUGCGAUGAGGAUCAUCUACAAUUUUUUGAUACCGAUCUUCAGUCUCAGAGUAUGAGUUUGGAAUCACCAGCUGAUUUACAUAGAGCAGUAGAUGGCUUCCUCUUCCCUCGUUCCACUCUAGCCAUUGGCAAAGCCCAGAGAAGAUGGACUAAGCUAGUCAGUGUGCUGAAGUGGUUUCUAAUAAUGGUUCAAAAAAGAACCCAUGUUGAAAGAAUUCAAAAGUUUUUAUCAUAGCUACCUAGGUUUGAUAAAGCCGCCCAGUUACAAUUGCAAAUAGGGGAUAGGAGUGCUGCCCGAUUUAUAUUUCGCGUGCAGGUGUUGAAGUGAAAAAUGUUGGAGGUUUAUAAGACAGUAAAUACAUCUUUGGUCAGUUCAUUGUUAAUGUCUUAGCUAUGGUAGCGAGAGUUCAGAAAUAGGGAUAUAAAUAGAGUGGGUUUGAUCCACAUUGCAAAUGACCUGUCCCGCCAGGUAAUUUUGCCAUCCCUAAAGUGGCAAACCUCUUUUUUUACUUCAAUGUUUAAGCUGUAUAUAUAAACGUGUUUACAUAUAAGCUCAGGUUUCUGCUGGGGCGCUUAAGAUUUAGUAGUGGUAGUAGUAGUAGCUUUCAUGGCGGAACAUAAUUUUGUACAAGUUAUUUUGCUCAGUAAAUUUAUCACUUUUUUACA